CUAUUUGUGAAACAAAAAGUGUUUUAAACAUUCCAAACACUAACUUUAAAAUAUUGGAAGAAGGUAAAGGAAAUAAUUUGUUUAGAGUUGAAGAUAAGCAGAUUGAGGAAGGGAAAGAUUUAUAAAGUUUGCAUAUGUCGACAUAUGAUUCUAGAAAUAAUUCUAAAAAUGUAACACCUAAUUUUAUAGAAAACUAUGUAAAAGAUAAGGAAAAAAUAGAUGGCACACCACAUUAUGACUUAAUUGACACCAUUAAGGUAAAUAAAGAUAAUAAUUAUGCAUCUGUAAUAGAUAAAAAAGAUUUUGAAUCAAAUAUUACUAAUGAUGAAACUGUUAAUAAAUUUAAAGACUCAACAGAUUCAAAAAUUACUAACAAAACUGUUGAAAAUACUAACAAAAUUGUUACUAGCAAAACUGUUGAAAACUUUACAGACUAUAAAUCAGAUCAGUCUCCAGAGAAAUUAGAAAACAAGAUUAUUGAUACAAUUGUUAAUGAUUUUCAUGACAAUGAUUUAGAUUACAUGGCAAAGCUAAUAACAAAAAGUAUUAGUAAUAUUGAUCCAAAAUGUCAUAUGGAGACCGAAUAUGUUUUCAAAUCUGGUAAAAUAGGCCACUCAAUUAAAGGAGAAAAACCCAAGGUUGUGUAUUUACCUUUUCAUGAUAUAACAGACAAGCAAUCUGUUAAAUUGUUAUCCAUUGUAUUAGAAAAAAUUUGUUUUAAUGUAUUAAGAAAAACUGUGGUUAUAUGCAACAAUAUCGAAGAAGUGCAAUCUGUUUCAUAUGCAAUAGAUACAAUUAAAAAUUUUAAAGCAGUAACAUAUUCACCACAUAUGCAGAAAUACUCUCCAACAUUAGAGGCAAAAUUUAAAAUUCAUAAUAAUUUAAGAAGUGAACUGGACAUUCUUGUAACUGACUGCAAAGGGUUUUCAGGAGCGGAAUCUGAAUCUGUAAUUGUGUUUGUAAGUCCAGAAGAGAUUUUUCUUCGUCAUGUUCUUGUGGAUGCUAUUUCUAGAUCAAACUCAUGUUUAACUGUCUUUGUUAAGAGAUACAGUUGUAUCAAAAAGCUUUUAAAUAGCGACAAAACUAUCGGAAAUGUAUUAAAAUUUUGGUCAGAAGAGGUAGUUGAAAAAAUUACUGUUGUAACAUCUAAUGAAAAAAAUCAAAAAUCAAAAGAUGGUUUCUUCAUAGUAGAAGAGAAUUGCAAGGUGUUUAUUGAUCGUGGAUCUACUAUUGAUUUUGAAAAAUACAAGAGAAGUUUACAGUUUCAAGUCUUUCAUGAAAAUAACUUUAUAUACAAAACUAUGGCUUCUGAUCUGUCUUAUCAUUAUCAAAAUGAUUUGGCAAGGUUGUCUGCUAAACUUAAAAAUUUUUAUCUUGAGUAUUAUGGAAAAGUUGGUGAACUACAACCGCUAUUACAAGCAUCUGCAAAAUUAAAUACUCAAAAGAGAAAUUUGAUAAAGACUUUUGAUUUUAGUGUUGAACAAAAUAUAUUUUUUGAAAACCAAAUGAGUUAUACACCAAUUACAUAUAGUAAAAUAUUUUCAAAUGAAAAAUCAGUAAUAUUAUUAUCUGGAAUAGCUGGUAUUGGGAAAACAUGGUUGCUUAAAAAAUGUUUGGUUGAUUGGUCAAAUGGUUUAAUUUGGAAAAAUGUUAAACUUGUUUUUUAUUUGGAAUGCAGGAGACUCAAUCAAUAUCCAAAUAUUUCGAAUAUUAAUGAAUUAGUAAAUGUUUUCUACAAAGAUAUUGUAAAUGUUUUCUACAAAGAUAUUGUAAAUGUUUUCUACAAAGAUAUUGUAAAUGACUUUAAAUUUAAAAGACAUACUACAAUGUUUAUAAUUGAUGGAUUAGAUGAGUUUAAAUAUUUCAAUGAGUUAUUAAAUCCAAGAUUGACUUCUUAUCCAAUUGUUAAUACUUUCAAAGAAAUUACAAAAUACAAAUAUUUAGUUGCUGGUAGAGUUUAUGCAAUAGAUCGAUACCAAAGUAUAUCUACAAAACAUAGCCAUAAGUUAACCAUUCAAGUAAUGGGGUUUAAUGAAAAUAAAAUAAAUAAUUAUAUAGAAAAUCAUGUUGUGGAAGAAAAAAAAGAAGUUGUAAAAUCAACUUUAAAGGAGUCUCCAAUUGCAAAAGUCAUUGCAUCUGUUCCAUUUUAUUUAUCUUUAAUGUGUAAAACUAUAAGUGAUUCACAAAAUAUUGAUUCAAAUUCUUUCUUAACAUUGACAGAUUUGUAUGCAAAUACUUUUUUAUAUUUUUUGCGAGAACAUAUCAUUAAAAACAAUAAAUUGAUUUAUGAGAUAAUGGAAGAAAGUUCCAAUAAAAAUUAUAUUUUGAAUAUUUGUAAAAUUGCAUAUAAAUUGUUUGUUGAAAAUAAAGUAUUUUUUUCUGAAGAUGAAGUUCAAAGUUUUUAUAGUGACGUUGAUAAAAAUGAAAGCAAUUAUUUUGGAUUUAUAGAAAGGAUUGAAACAGAUCUCGAUUGUUAUUAUAAGUUCGUAAAUUCAACAAUAAUGAUGUUUUGUGCAUCAGUAUAUGCAUAUAAUUGUUUAAGUUGUGAUGAGAUUCUGACCAAUAAGAAACUGAAGAGAUGCUUAUCAAUGAUUUGUGGAUUAGCCAAUAAAAACCAAAAUAAUUUAAUAAAGUUUCUUGUUAACCUGAAUCCUUCAAAAAACUCCAGUGAAAAAGCUUCACUUUUGUACUCCAUUUUGGAUCGUCUAAGUAAAAGUGAUUACUAUAAAGAUUACCACUAUUUAUUCAUUGAAUGUUUUUAUGAAAGUCAAUCAUCAUUUAAUGAUGAAAUUAAAUCAAUUGUUGAUGAACGAGAUUGGAUUUCGAUUUACGAUGGAAAAACUUCUUACGAAACUUCUUGCGAAAAUUAUUUCAUAAAUCAUUACGUAAAAUCUGGAAGAAAGUUAUCGAGGUUAAGUGUUAAUAAAAAUAUUUUAAGUGAUGAAGAAGAAAAACUUUUAAUACAAUGUUCAACUAAUGUUCGCGAUGUCAGCUUCCAAUUAAUUUGUCCAAUUAAUAUCGAAGGUUGGAAACCGAAAGAUAAGAUUGAAAAGUUGACGAUAUGGAUCUCACGUUAUUUAAUAACAAAAAAAGAUUUUGAAGAAAAUUUUCUUCCGUGGAUUUAUCUUUGUAAAGAAUUAUAUCUUUAUCUUCACGACGACAUUGAUUUUGAUAAAGAAUUUUAUGAAUGGAUUCGUUGUUCGAAUGUCAAGAAGUUUUCGAUCAUGUGCCGUGGAGAAUUUUUUUAUAACCUCGAUGAAUUAAAAAACUUUACAACACGAUAAAAUAUUUAAUACCUUAAAUAUAUUAAAUAAAAACAAUAACUAUAAAUAACUAUUGAAAU